GUUUGGGAGAAACCUGUGGACGACGAGGCCGGGAAGCCGCAGUCUUGGAGGGGUGCGUCUCAUUGGCACGAGCGGGGAAUCUUCUGGGCGGGUUGGUACGACCGCUCGUUCCCACUCGCGCUUCUGUGCAACAGAAAGGGCAUGGCACGGAGGUGCAUCACGUUGCACAGCAUCAAGCAGAGUCUGUGUGGCGGAAUGGACCUCCCGCAGGACCAGAAGAGUUUCAGGGUGGGCCUACCGAAAGCGGCGGCGGACUCCAACUUCAGGCGGAUGUUGCGGUUGAGCGGGGACAAUGGACACAUGAAACACCACAUGCUAGGGAACGCCAUUUUUCGAGAUAAAUCCGAGCGGAUUCGGGGGUACGGGUUCUACAUGACCACGAACAGCCGGCGUCUCGCAGCGGUGGCGAACUGGUCCGUCGAAACGGCUGUCCAGGAGAUCAAGCAGCAUUGCCGGCAGGCCGCCGAGGGGCACAGCCGGACAGCCUGA